UUUUUUUCUUCCCCUUCCCGCGAGGCUCGAGCUGCUUGCCGCGCGACUCGGUUGGAUGCUAGGUAGCUGUCGUAAUAUAUUUUGAAACAAAAGUAGAAGCUGUAAGCCGCCAACAUGGCGAAGCAAAGCUCUAUCUUCAAGUUCUUCACCAAGUCUCCGCCGCCUGCGUCCAACAACAAGCCGAAGCCGAGCCCUUCUCCGGCCGAGGCGGACCUGCCUUCCUCGGUGCAGAAGUCCAACUCGUCCCCUAAAGAAGAAGCCAAGCAGACGGAGCAGCCGGAGUCGUCCAAACCCAACAAACUUAAACAGAAAAACAACUCAAAGUCUUCGAGCAGCAAAGGGUUCAAGAAGCUGUUCGACGGCGCUAAAGCCCCGGCGACAGAAAACAGCAGUAACUCCACCUUGUUCAGUGCUGGUGACCUUGUGUGGGCAAAACUGGAAGGACACCCCUGGUGGCCUUGCAUGGUCGUACCCCAACCUCUGACUGGCCAGCAGACGAGGAAGUGUGGUCGGGAUCAACGCAUACAUGUGCAUUUUUUUGACAAACCUCCUACAAGAGGGUGGGUCAGCACCAAAUAUGUCAGAGCCUAUCAAGGCUCUGACAGUAGUGAUGUAAAACCUGGAGGAGUGUUCUUCAGUGGCAAACCUGUGAUUCGCCGUGCAAUGGAGCUCGCUGAUGGACUUGUUUUUGACAGUCCUGAAAAAAGGUUGAAAAUACCAAUCUGCAUGGAUCCAUCUGAUGAGGAGGAAGAAGAUGAGGAGGAAAUGGAGCUUGGCGAAUCAAGUGUAACAGAUGAAGAUGUCAGUGAUGUAGAUGAAAAGAAAAACAAGGAAGUGAAACCGUCUAAAGUCAGUCGACAAUCGACGCGCUCUUCAAAGGAUGAAGCGAGCAAAGCCAAGCGACGGCGCAUCGUAGUGGCCUCCGAUAGCGACGAAUCAGACGAGGAGUUCAAACCGGAACACGCUGCGUCCAGCAGUGAGGAUGAAGGCGAAGGGGGGACGGUGAGCAGUGCUGAGGAAGAGAAGGAGAGCAGCCAAGAGUCAGAAGCAGAAAGCCCGGUCAAACCCCUAAAGCGGAAACGUCCUGCGGGGAAGCCUGUAAAUAUGAAACCAAAGAAAGCGGUUGUCCAGUCCGCUGCACCUGUACGAGCGGUCACCGCUGAUACAAAGUCCCGCUUAUUAGCGUUCUCCGCUCCUGAUAACUUUGAGAGCCAAACAGAAGGAGCGGGGUCCGCCGGAGGUGCAACGAUUUGGGAUCACGAGAAGCUGGAGUGGUUACAGGACGGCAAGAGGAAAGACCGAAAAAGGCGACGGCAGACCGACGACGACCAUGAUCCCACCACGUUGUACGUUCCCGAAGACUUUCUGAACAAAAUCACUCCCGGUAUACGUCGCUGGUGGCAACUCAAAUCCGAGAUGUUCGAUACUGUCAUUUUCUACAAGGUGGGCAAGUUUUACGAGCUCUACCACAUGGAUGCCGUCAUCGGCGUCAACGAGCUGGGCCUGACUUUCAUGAAGGGGUCCUGGGCGCACUCGGGCUUCCCGGAGAUCGGAUUUGCUCGUUUCUCAGACGUGCUGGUUCAGAAAGGAUACAAGGUGGCCCGCGUGGAGCAGACCGAGACCCCUGAGAUGAUGGAAGCCCGCUGCAAGACCAUGGUGAAACCCACCAAGUUCGACCGCGUAGUGAAAAGAGAAGUGUGCCGAAUUAUCACGCGCGGCACCCAAACCUACAGCGUGCUGGACGGCGCUCCCUCAGAGAGUCAGAGCAAGUUCCUUCUCAGUCUGAAAGAAAAGGCCGAGGACGAAAGCUCCGGCCGGCGCCGCACUUACGGCGUCUGCUUCGUGGACACGUCUGUGGGGUACUUCCACGUCGGCCAGUUCUCGGACGACCGCCACUGCUCGCGCCUGCGCACCCUGGUAUCGCACUUCUCUCCGGCCGAGGUGCUUUUCGAAAAGGGCAACCCGUCCGUGGAGACACGGAAAAUACUCAAGGCGUCUCUGUCCUCGGCGCUGCAGGAAGCCCUGAAUGCGGGAACCCAGUUCUGGGACGCUCAGAAAACUCUUAAAAACCUGUCGGAGGAGAAUUAUUUUGCAGAGAUGCCUGGAGAGGAGCGGAGCCCUGGCAGCAGUUUCCUCCCCGCUGUCCUGAGGCAGAUGACCUCUGAAAGUGACUCCCUGUGCUUGACGCCCAGAGAAGGCUAUGAGCUGGCUCUCUCAGCUUUGGGCGGAUGCAUUUUCUACCUGAAGAAAUGUCUGAUAGAUAAAGAGCUGCUGUCUAUGGCUAACUUUGAAGAAUACGUCCCUGUUGAUGUGGAGCUGGAGAGCGCAACCGGACCCGGCAGUUUUUUUGCUCAGACUCGUCAGCGUAUGGUUCUGGAUGGAGUGACGCUGGCAAACUUGGAGAUCUUUCAGAAUGGGUCCGGGGGAACCGAGGGGACGCUGCUGGAGCGUUUGGACACUUGUUCCACUCCUUUCGGCAAGAGGCUCCUGAAGCAGUGGCUCUGCGCUCCGCUGUGUAACCCCACAUCCAUCGAGGACCGACUGGACGCAGUGGAGGACCUGAUGGGAGCUCAGGCUCAAGCAGCCGAAGUCUCGGAUCUGCUGAAGAAGCUUCCGGAUCUGGAGCGGCUGCUGAGUAAAAUCCACAGCAUCGGGACUCCGUUGAAGGGCCAGGACCACCCCGACAGCAGAGCGGUUCUCUACGAGGACGUCACCUACAGCAAACGCAAGAUCGCGGACUUCCUCUCCGCGCUGGAAGGUUUCAAAACCAUGCAGGAGAUCGUUUCCAUCUUCGCCACGGUUUCGGGCGAGUUUCGUUCCAAGUUGCUCCUUCAAGUUGUCAGCAUGAAGACAGAAAAGGACGGCCUCUUUCCCGACCUCUCAGCGGAACUCAAGCGCUGGGAGACUGCUUUCGAUCACCAGAAAGCCCGCUCUACCGGCGUCAUAACCCCCAAAGCUGGGUUUGACCCCGAGUACGACCAGGCUCUGGCAGGAAUCAAGAGCUGCGAGCGAGAGCUGCAGGAUUACCUGGACAGGCAGAAGAAGCGCCUCGGCUGUAAGAGCAUGGCCUUCUGGGGAACGGGACGGAACCGCUUUCAGAUGGAAGUUCCCGACAGCGUCUCGGAGCGGAACAUCCCCGAGGAGUACGAAGUGAAGUCGACAAAGAAAGGCUGCAAGCGUUACGUAACGAAGGAGUCUGAGCGUCUGUUCUCUGAGCUCCAAGGCUUUGAGGAGAAGAGGGACGCUGCACUGAAGGACUGCAUGAGGAGGCUCUUCUACAACUUCGACAAGAACUACAAAGACUGGAAGACGGGAGUGGAGUGCAUGGCUGUGCUGGAUGUCCUGUUGGCUUUGUCACGCUACAGUCAGGGUGGAGACGGGCCGAUGGCCAGGCCGCAGGUGGUGCUGCCGGAGGAUGACGGCCAGGUCGUGCCCUUCGUUAGCCUAACCGGAUCCCGUCACCCCUGUGUCACAAAGACGUUUUUCGGUGACGACUUCAUUCCCAACGACGUCUUCAUUGGCUGUCCUGGAAACAGUGAAAGCGACGAGGUGGAAGGUUGUGCCUCGUGUGUUCUGGUCACAGGACCCAACAUGGGCGGCAAGUCGACCCUCAUGCGACAAUGUGGACUUGUGAUCAUAUUGGCUCAGCUGGGAUGUUACGUUCCCGCUGAGAGCCUCCGCUUCACACCAGUCGACCGGGUCUUCACCCGGCUGGGAGCCUCGGAUCGAAUCAUGGCUGGAGAGAGCACCUUCUACGUGGAACUGAGCGAGACCGCCUCCAUCUUGCACCACGCCACCAAACAUUCCCUCGUGCUCCUCGAUGAACUGGGAAGGGGCACUGCCACGUACGACGGCACAGCCAUCGCCAGCGCUGUUGUGAAGGAGCUCGCGGAGAAGAUCUGCUGUCGCACGCUUUUCUCUACGCAUUACCACUCCCUGGUGGAGGAUUACGCCAACAAUCCUGCAGUGCGUUUAGGACACAUGGCCUGCAUGGUGGAGAACGAAUGCGAGGACCCGAGCCAGGAGACCAUCACGUUCCUCUACAAGUUCAUCACCGGCGCCUGUCCAAAGAGCUACGGGUUCAACGCCGCGCGACUCGCCAACUUACCCGAGGUGGUGAUCCAGUCGGGACACAGAAAGGCCCGAGAGUUCGAGAGAAGCACCGUCAGCCUCCGAUUAUUCAAGAAGCUCUGUCAGUUUGCUGAGGAUCCCACUGCGGACACUGCUCACUUCACUCCACUUGUUCAACUCCUCAACACCCUUUAACUUGUAAACAAACCUUACUGUUGUUUUCUGUUCGUUAGGCACCUGGUGAGGAAGAAAAACACUACUGAAAUGAUCUAAUAAAGUUUAUUUUUUAAAAAUGA